AUGGUGUCUGUCGCCAAGCUCUUUUCGUUUGCCGACACCACCGACAAGGUCCUCGUCACGCUCGGCACCCUGAGCGCGAUGACCACGGGCGUCCUUCAGUGCAUUCAGAUCGUCUUCUUUGGUGACGCGCUCAACGCCGUUGGCCCCAACCGCCUGAGUGACGAUUCCGACAACUUUCGCUCGGGCAUCCGCCGCGUCGUGAUCCAGUUUGCCGCUGUUGCGGGAAUUGCGCUUCUGUGCGGCCUCGCGCAGAUUGCGUGUUUUUCGAUUGCGGCGGCGCGCCAGACGAAGCGCCUUCGCCACGCCUACGCGUCGGCCAUCCUUCGCCAAGAAGUCGGCUGGUUCGACAUCAACGAUCCCAUGCAACUCGCGACGCGGGUCGCGGAUACGACGCUCAUCAUCCAAGAAGGUCUUGGGCGCAAGGUUGCGGACGCCAUCAACUUUUCCACCAUGGGUCUCACGGGCGUCAUCAUCUCCUUGGUAUACGGCUGGGAGCUCGCGCUCGUCUUGCUGGCCGUCUCGCCGCUUGUCGCUGGCAGCGGCUACUGGAUGAUCAAGGCGAUCACCACGGCCACCCAAGCCGGCGUCGACGCGUACGCCGAGGCGGGCGGCAUCGCACAAGAAGCGCUGAGCAACAUUCGCACCGUGCACGUCUUCAACGCCAUAACGUCGUUCGCGCUCAAGUAUAAGGCAGCGCUGGCAAAGACGGAAACCGCCGGCCUCAAGAAAGGCGUCGCCAUCGGCGUUGGCACGGGCGGCAUGUUCUUUGUCAUAUUUUGCACGUACGCGAUCGGUAUGUACUACGGCGCGGUCAAGGUCGCCGAUGACCAGAUCACCGGGUCGUGUGUCGGCAGCGGCUGCUACGACAGCGGUCGCGUCCUCGUCAUCUUCUUCUGCAUCAUCAUGAGCUCGAUGGCGCUCGGCCAAGCCAGCCCCGGUAUCCAAGCCAUCUUUGCGGCCCGUGCAGCUGCCCAAGGCGUCUAUGAACUCAUCGAGCGCGAGUCCAAGAUCGACGCGGCCGCAACGUCGGGCACAACCUUGCCGUCUGUCCGCGGUGACAUCACACUGGCCAACGUCUCGUUUGCGUACCCGUCGCGACCGGACGUCCGCGUCUGCGCCGGUUACUCGCUCACGAUCCCAGCAGGCCAAAAGAUUGCCCUCGUCGGUGCGAGUGGUAGUGGCAAGAGCACGAUUGUCUCGCUCCUCGAGCGCUUCUACGACCCGCUCUCCGGCAAUGUUCUGCUCGACGACUACGACCUCAAGGACCUCAACCUCAAGUGGCUCCGGACACGAUUGCCAACAACAUUCGCCACGGCAAGCCGGACGCAACGGUCGACGAGGUGA